UCCGGGUUGGUGACAGAAAACAACAGUGACGCUAAAGGAGCAGAUUGCUUUCCUCAACUGCAGCAGGUAUGAGGAGACCAAACCAGCUGUAGGAGACGUGGGAACUAAUGCAAGUUUAUCAUCUGAUCUCCAUCAUCUGACAGAAGGGCUGGACCUGUGGAGAUUAAAAGACAACCCCUGGAGAGACGGACCAGCAGGCUUCAGUAGUGCAUGUCAAAGAGACAGCUACAUCAAUGAGGACACCAAGCAUGGCGGUAUUCAAGCAACAGAAUGUGGACGAUUUCUAUGAAUUUGGAGUAGAGCUUGGAAGUGGGCAGUUUGCAGUUGUCAAGCGGUGUAAAGAGAAGAGCACGGGCACUGAAUAUGCAGCCAAGUUUAUCAAAAAGAGGCAGAGUCGGGCCAGCAGACGGGGUGUGAGAAGAGAGGAGAUUGAGAGGGAGGUAAACAUCCUGCAGGAGCUCCAGCAUCCCAAUAUUGUUGCGCUGCACGACGUCUAUGAGAACCGCACAGAUGUGGUGCUUAUCCUCGAAUUGGUCUCCGGAGGUGAGUUAUUUGACUUCUUGGCUCAGAAAGAGUCUCUCAGUGAGGAAGAGGCCACUCAGUUUAUCAAACAGAUCCUAGAUGGGGUCCAGCACCUUCACUCCAAGAGGAUUACACAUUUUGAUCUGAAGCCUGAAAAUAUAAUGCUGCUGGACAGGAAUGUUCCUCUACCCCGCAUUAAACUCAUAGACUUUGGACUGGCCCACAAAAUAGAAGCUGGGGCGGAUUUCAAAAAUAUUUUUGGAACGCCUGAAUUUGUUGCCCCAGAGAUAGUCAACUAUGAACCUCUAGGAUUGGAGGCAGACAUGUGGAGCAUUGGAGUCAUCACUUAUAUACUUUUGAGUGGCGCGUCUCCUUUCCUUGGUGACACAAAGCAGGAAACGCUGGGAAAUAUCUCAGCGGUGAACUACGAGUUUGAUGAAGAGUUUUUCAGCAAUACCAGCGAAUUAGCCAAGAGUUUCAUCAGGCAGCUGCUGGAAAAGGACACAAGAAAACGAAUGACUAUAGAAGAUGCCCUGAAUCACCCAUGGAUUAAGCCUCUAAAUCCCAGACAGGCCAUGGUGAAGAGGCUAUCAGUGGUCAACUUGGAGAACUUUAGGAGACAGUAUGCCAGACGCCGGUGGAAGCUGUCAUUCAGAAUUGUGGCUCUAUGCAACCACUUAACGAGGAUCAUGAAAAAGGGCCAGAAGCUGCCUGAACAAGAUGGGAGGGACUGUGAAAGUGACCAAGAGGAGGAAAUUAUGAAGAGGCGACCUAGGACCAGAAAGAGAAGCAGCACUUCCUGAGAGAAAUGUUAAACUGGUGGUUGACUGUGUUCCGGGCGCAAUCAGUGACGCUGCAGCUUUUAAAGUCACAUUUUGCAGUUAGCUGCUUACUUUAAAUAUCAGCUACUAUAUAUAAUUAAGCAACAGCUGUAAAGGUGGCAUUUUAGGUCAAGCAGCUACGUUUUCUUUUUCUAUUCUUUUUUUGGUUCUGUCUUGUUUCCCCCGCCAUGAAGUCAUGAUGUUAACUGCUAUAUGUUAGAUAGUGUUCUGGCACUGCUGAACUCUGCCUCAGUUUUCUGACACAAGAAGAUAUAACUAGUUUGUUGUGGACAGGAAUUUGCUGUAUGUGUUCACUCAUGCAGAAGAAAGUAGACAGCUUCCUCUCAUAAUUACAGUCUUAAAAGACCCUCAGCUGCCGUUUGGUAUUCAAGUGCUGACGCAGUCAGACUUUCUUAUUUUGCCGGCUUUACACAGUUUUUAUUGUCCAAAGGAAUAAAUACUGACAGUUUAAAGAGUAUAUGAAUGCAAAUUGGCAAGAUGCAAGGUGAUCUUGUGUUUACGUGUUGUUCUACUUAACAAAGAGCAAUUUUUUUUUUUUUGCAAACACAGUAUUUACAAUAAUCCUAUUCCUUAUUGCCGGAAGCCUGCCUGUUUAUUGUAGGCAAUAUAAGAUUUUUAAUAACUAUAAAUUACUUUCAUGCAAUAAUCAGUUUUCAUCUUAUAUGCACAUAGAGAUGGUGUAUAAACCUUAAAAAAUACACUUGUGAAACUAAACUUUCAGUUGAACUUUUAAAGAAGUGGUUAAAGCUCCUCAAACUGUGAUGUAUUUAAGGUGUAAAUAGACAUGCUGUAGUUCAGAUAAAAAUGUCUUUAGGUUCUCUUUUACUUUCAUUAUGGCUCAAACUGGAGCAUUCACUGUUUUAAACAAAUAUUUUUCUGUAAAUUGAGAAUUUGUUUAAUAAAUUAAUGAACAUGA